AUGGCGGACCCAAGACUGGCCAAGGAUGGUGCCAGCAGUUCUGCCAACACCAGGCAAGAGACUGGAGCAGCGUCCCUCUUGUCUAACGUACGGUUCUGGCAAGCUCUGGUGGCGGUGCAGUGUCUGAGUUAUGGCUACACGUUGCACAACUGUUCGAACCGUUGCUUGCUGACACCAGACACGACGCCCCGCGGUUACAGCAGCGGAGAGAGGAAGACCUGGUUCCGAGCUGUCAGGAACCUGCCCGGUGGAUUCCUGCAUCACGUGGGCUUCAUGUUUCAGGUCAACCAUGAAAGUAGAAACACCAGCCAGUGGAGGAUUGACAGGGUCUUCUACAAUGAACAAUACUUCGACAGCCUCGACGAAUUCGUUCGCCGCUACAACGAUGGAACAUUACAGAAAACCAGACUUCCAGACUACUCAGACGAGGGUACAGACGGGGUACUAUUCUCCUCGCUCUUGCAGAGAGGACCCGAGCAACCUCAGGCACCUCUUCGGGCGCCUGAGCUCUUUGAGCCCGACGGCAGGCGGUACAAGACGCGGGGUCGACACGUCGAGUACAUGGGGUGGAGUUUUGAUUGGCGGCUCGGCAUCACUCAAGGAUUGCAGCUGUACGACGUCAGGGUAAAUGGAGAACGGAUAGUGUACGAGCUUAGCUCGAUGGAGGCCGCCGCCAUUUAUUCCGGUCACGACCCCAAAAUGCUGCGUUCUUUCUUCACGGACAGUGGUUGGAGUCAGGGUAGGAGUUACGAGCUCGUUCGCGGCGUUGACUGCCCAAACACCGCCAUCUUUUUCGACGCCCUUCACCACAGAGACACCGCAGGACCGCGCCGCUUCAAAAACGCCGUGUGCGUGUUUGAAAUGAACUCUGGGAUACCCCUCAGGCGCCAUUUUGAUUCGGACUACGCCGGCGGUUACGAUUUCUAUGGAGGAAUGGUGGACCAUGCUUUGGUUCUCCGUCACAUAUUCACCAUCGGCAACUACGACUACAUUUACGACUACAUUUUUCACCAAAAUGGCGUGCUGGAGGUCAGCGUGACCUUGACUGGAUAUUUGCAAGCGACGUUCUACACGCAAGCCGAGUCUCCGUACGGCUACCCGGCCUGGGCCAACCAGGUUGGGAACCUGCACCAACACGGCUUCAGCUUUAAGGUGGACAUCGACGUGCUGGGAACAGAAAAUAGGUUCGAGACUGUUGACAUUGUUCUUGAGAACAUCACCAAUCCGGAGAGACCAGACCUACGUCACAUCCAGACCCGCCUGCAACAUAGCCUGAAAACUACUGAACAGGAGGCGGGCAUCCAGUACAGAUUUGAUCAGCCAAAGUACUAUAACUUUUACAACAACCUGGAGAGGAACAGAUUCGGGGUCCACCGUGGGUACCGCCUUCAAGUGAACGGCAUCGCGAAGACCCUGCUCCCGCGGGACGACUGGCCGCCCAUGCGGGGCGUCGGCUGGAUGGACUACCAGCUCGCUGUGACUCGUCGGAAAGAGUCCGAACCCUCUAGCUCGUCCAUCUACAACCAGAACGAUCUCUAUGACCCAGUCGUCGACUUCCAGUCGUACAUAAGUGACAACGAAACUAUAGUUGACCGCGAUCUUGUAGCGUGGGUGACGCUUGGUGCUCACCAUAUCCCUGAUACCAGUGACUACCCCACCACCACCACUACCGGCAAUCACCUCAAGUUUUUCUUGCGUCCGUCAAACUACUUCGACGAGGAUCCAUCCAUGGGGUCCUCCAACGCAGUCUACAUCACACCAAAAGACAAUUUUCACUCGGCCAAUGUAAACCGCUUUGGGACGGAGGAAGGUCCAAACUGCGUUCCGACAGAUCGAUCUUUUCAUUAUGACGGAACUUGGUUUGACGACGCAUAACUCUGACUUUGACAAGAAUUACAUAUACACGAUGUUUACAAGAAUAGUGACCCAAUGUACGUUGACGUCGCACUUCAGAGAAGCUACGUGACAAGUCUUACUUGGUCACUCAGUCUGAGGAAGACCAGAGUGACUGGUCG